AUGCUGUGGCCCGGUUUCACUUGGACUUAUUGUCUUUUGAUGAAUCAUUCUGAUUAUCAAAACUAUCAAUUUGAAAAAGGUGAUGAUCAUAACGAAAAAAAUGCAAUUCAAUAUUACGGAAAAAAUAGUGCUUGUCGAUAUUUCAAUAGUCUUGUCUAUGCACUCUUCUAUAUUAUAUUACCAUUAAUGGUUAUGGUGAUAUUUGGGAUCUUAACAGUAGGUAAUGUAAGAAAAUUAAAUCGUUUAGUUGCACCGGCCAGUAGUACUACUGGGGGUAGUACAGCACUGGCACUAACCGGAUCAUCGAAAAAGAAUGAUAGACAACUAACGAAAAUGUUGCUUGUUCAAGUUCUGAUAUUAACAAUAUUAAACGUUCCAUAUGCUAUUCAACUAGUAUAUUCAACAUUUUCAGCAAAUAUUUAUAAAAGUCCAUUACAAUUAGCAAUAGAAAAUUUCUGCUUUGCUUUAGUACUUGAUUUUAGUUGGUGGGCCUUUGGUAUGUCGUUUUAUAUUUAUACAUUAACCGGACACGUAAUUAGAAAAGAAUUGAAACGUUUAAUGAAAACAGUUUACGAAAACGUAUCACGGUUAACUCACCGAAACUGA